AAACCUUGGCGAAGAAUUUCUGGGUCAGCUUUGUUCACAGGCAAGGCUCGCACCCCGCAAAGUCUCUAGGGCAAGAAAGCCUGGAGAGCCUCGGUUAAUCGUGCUGGGAGACCAUACAAACAUCCGAUGCCCCUAGCCGCCCACCCGCGGCGGCAGUUCCCUCUAAGACGCCUGCUCUCCGUGACGGCUGAGUCGCUGAGCAGCGCACUCUCCAUGUGACUUCAGUUUCCGUCCGUUCCUUCCGCAAGUGCUAAAAUAAUCUCCUGCCCCAAGGAGAGGAGGCAGCCCAGCCCCGCGUUCGGCUGCUCUCGAGGAGGCCGGAGCCCCGGGAGAGGAUGCGCCGCGCGGAGCCGCCUGGGCCUGCGGGAGCCUGUCGUACUUGAGAUGGAGUUACUGCCCCUCUGGCUCUGCCUGGGUUUUCACCUAAUGACAGCGGAAUGGAGGAACCGAAGUGGGAUGGCUACAGCAGCUUCUCAAGGGGGCUGCAAGUUGGGCUCCCUGUGUGUCAAGCACUGUGCAGCCACUCGUCUGAUCUCACUGCAAUCCUCUCAAGUGGAUGGAGUGGCUGACUGCCGAGGGCAGAACCUUGCUUCAGUGCCCAACGAUCUCCCACCCUCCUCCCAGAUGCUCAUCUUGGAUGCCAACCCUCUCAAGAUCCUGUGGAAUCAUUCCCUCCAGCAUUACCCUCAUCUGGAGAGCCUCAGCCUGCACAACUGCCACCUGGGGUGCAUCAGCCGUGGAGCCUUCCAGGAGCAGGUGCAUCUGCACAGCCUGGAGCUGCCUGACAACGCUCUGGCAGAGAGCUACAAGGAGACAGCGGCUGCCUUCCAUGGCCUGCAGGGGCUGCGGCAGCUGGACCUGUCAGGGAACUCCCUGACGGAAGACAUGGCAGCCCUCAUGCUCCAGAACCUCUCUUCAUUGCAGUCAGUGUCCCUGGCAAGGAACACCAUAAUGAGGCUUGAUGACUCCAUCUUUGAGGGCCUGCGGCGCCUCAGAGAGCUGGAUUUGCAGAGGAACUACAUCUUUGAGAUUGAAAGCGGAGCAUUCCAUGGCUUGACUGAGCUGAGACACCUAAACCUGGCCUAUAACAACCUCCCUUGCAUUGUGGACUUCGGCCUCACGCAGCUGCGGUCCCUCAACAUCAGCUACAAUGUCCUGGAAUGGUUCCUGGCAUCUGGGGUGGAUGCUGCCUUUGAGCUGGAGAUGCUGGACCUCUCUCACAACCAGCUGCUGUUUUUCCCACUCCUGCCCCAGUGCAGCAAGUUGCACACCCUCCUGUUGAGGGACAACAACAUGGGCUUCUACAGGGACCUGUACAACACCUCAUCGCCACAAGAGAUGGUGGCCCAGUUCCUCUUUGUGGACGGCAAUGUGACCAACAUCACCACCGUCAACCUCUGGGAAGAGUUUGCUUCCAGUGACCUCGCAGAUCUACACUUCCUGGAUAUGAGCCAGAACCAGUUCCAAUACCUGCCAGACGGCUUCCUGAAGAAAAUGGCUUCCCUCUCCCACCUGAACCUUAACCAGAAUUGCCUGGUGACACUCCACAUCAAGGAGCACGAGCCCCCGGGAGCGCUCACUGAGCUGGACCUGAGCCAGAAUGAGCUGUCAGAGCUGCGCUUGGCUCCAGGGCUCCCUGGCUGCCUGAGGAGCCUCCGGUCAUUCAACUUGAGCUCCAACCAGCUCCUGGGUGUCCCCACUGGCCUUUUCGCUGAUGCCAGUAAUAUCACUACAAUUGACAUGAGCCACAAUCAGAUCUCACUUUGUCCCCAACCAGCUGGCUUCAAUCUUGUGGGCCCCUCCAACUGUGUGGAUUUCAGGAAUGUGGCGUCUUUGAAGAGCCUCUCUCUGGAGGGCUGUGGGCUGGGGGCGUUACAAGACUGCUCAUUCCAGGGGACCGCCAUCACCCACUUAGACCUGUCUGGUAACUGGGGGGUUCUGAAUGGGGGCAUUGCUGCACUCCGGGAUAUUGCCCCCACAUUACAGGUCCUGUCCCUCAGGAAUGUUGGCCUCAGUUCCAGCUUCAUGGAAUUAGACUUCUCUGGGUUUGGGAAUCUGAGAGACUUGGAUCUGUCGGGAAAUUCCUUGACCAGUUUCCCAAGGUUCAGGGACUGCCUGGCCCUGCAGACCCUGGAUCUCCGCAGGAACUUGUUAACAGCCCUUCCCCAAAAGGCUGUGUCUGGGCAGCUCAUGAGAAGUCUGCGGACCAUCUACCUCAGUCAGAACCCAUAUGACUGCUGCAGGGUGGAGGGCUGGGGGGCCCUGCAGCGCCUACACACCAUCACAGACUUGGCCAAGGUCACUUGCAAUCUCUCCUCCAAGGUCGUUCGCCUGAUGGACCUACCCAGAGGCGUGCCUCAGGACUGUAAGUGGGAGCAGGCGGACAUGGGACUGCUGUACCUCGUGCUCAUUCUUCCCAGCUGCCUCACCCUGCUGGUGGCCUGCACUGUCAUCUUCCUCACUUUUAGGAAGCCUCUGCUGCAGGUAAUCAAGAGCCGCUGCCAUUGGUCCUCCAUAUACUGACCUGGCUACGUGCCAAGGUUAAAAUUCGGUCUGUGUGUGGAAAAACACUUUCUCUGUCGGAUUUCAGGAUGUGAGGCAGAGGCGAGUCUGAUGAACAGAGGUUUAAGCUUAAAGCUUGAAAUGUUUCCAUCCCUAAAUUACCCCGAGUUCCUCUUCCAUCCUCUUGGUUCAUCCCAUUAUCAUGGUAAAAUAUUUAUUAAGUGACAUCCAAUGAAAAUAUAAAGCAUGUCUCAUAAAUGUUUUUUAAAUCAAA